AUGGAACACAGUACAUGUGCGUGGCAUCCUCAGCAUAGCCUGGCGUCUCAGACUCGGCGGCUAUACAUCUGUCUUUUGCCGGAGCGAUGCAUUAUGAGCGAUUUCAUUCUAAACAUCACCUACUACUACUACUACUACCACUACUACUACUACUACUACUACUACUACUACUACUACUACUACUACUACUACUACUACUACUACUACUACUACUACUACUACUACUAUUACUACUAUUACUACUACUACUACUACUACCACUGCUACCACUACCACCAGUCCUUUCGCCUGUCCAGCUUCUUCAACAUCUACCAUCACCCACCAUCUCUUGCCACAUACCAAGAAAAACCCCAUCCGAGAUGUGCCAACACCAACACCAAAACCAACACCAUCACCCCUCGACUUGGGCAUUUCGGACACCUCGAAUCCAUCGCCCAACUCCACCUUCCACACCAGAUUGUUCCAACCCAGAGCACCACCAACAAUACCCGUACGUGA